CCUUCUUUGAUAGGAUAAGCAACCGGAAAAUAUGUUAAGCUACAUUGCUUCAGAGGAAAUGUCAUCGUGAGGGGACGAGUGCAGAGAGAAAAUUAAAUGGAAUCCUCAGCUAGCAAGGAGUCAGGGGCUCUCCUUGACCGGAUGACCGUCUCUCUGGCCAAGGUUAUGAGGGUAUCUGAACAGCAUGAGUGUCCAGACAGUCAGAGCACAGCAGCCCACAGGGAUACUGAACAGGAGGACGAUGCAUUCUUUGACUGCGAGGAGAGUCUGGACGGAGCAGACGGGAGGACCAAAGCCCCAGAGUCACACCCAGGACCAGAGGGAGGUUGUAAAGAGACCGUCAGCCUAAAAGACUCACAGAACAUCGCAGGAGAACACGAGGCGGUGUCGGGAGAAUUAACUGAGUUGUCAGGGCAGGGAACUACAGUACUGGGAGCAGAAGAAGGUGACAAAAUGGAGGAAGAGGUGGAUGAGGAGGGAAAAGAGCUGUGGGAUGAGUGCACUGAGGAGGACAAGAGUGUGGCAGUUGAAGGAGAUUCUGAGACUGAACUAAAAGAAGAAGAGAACACAGCUCCCGAGUUUGACGAGGAGUACCUGAGGGAAUUGGAAAAAGACCUGACUGAGGAGGAAAAGGAGAGCCGCAGAAAGGAGAGCAUGAUCCUGAAGGACCAGGGCAACAGUCAGUUCAAGAGUGGAGGACAUUCUGAGGCAGAGGGUUUGUACACCGCUGCGCUGGGAGUCUGCCCUGUUUGUUACAGCCAUGACAGGGCCAUCCUCUUCUCGAACCGUGCCGCCGCGCGCCUGCACCUGGAUAUGAAUGAGAACGCCAUCGCUGACUGCACAAAAGCCAUCGAGUUGAACCCGAGCUACGUGCGCGCGAUCCUGCGGAGGGCGGAGCUGUAUGAGAAGACGGACAAGCUGGACGAGGCUCUGGAGGACUACAAAACCGCUCUGGAGAAGGACCCCAGUCUGCCUGUCGCCAGGGAGGCCUGCAUGCGGCUUCCACAACAGAUCCACGAGCGGAAUGAGAAGUUGAAGGAGGAAAUGAUGAGCAAGCUGAAGGACUUGGGCAAUAUGUUCCUGCGGCCUUUUGGUCUGUCCACCUCAAACUUCCAGGUGAAUCAGGAUUCGGACACUGGAUCCUACUCUGUCAACUUCGUUCAGAAUCCUAAUAACAACAACAGAUGACGGCAUGAAAGGCCUUUCUCGAAGCCCUUUUUUUACACCCGGUUCUAACAUGCGUCCUUGAUCUUGGAAUUAGAUUGGAGUGCGUCUUGUCAAAGUCCACACCUGUCUUAAAAGUCAGUCAGCGUGUGAAAAAGAUGUGGGGGGGGGGGGCGAAGGACGUGUUGGCGCCGGGUGUGAACAUGGCUUCCGAGCCGCUAUACCUGGUCAGCUAUCGAUCACCAGAGCUGAGAGACUAACGGGAACAUUCACGCUGGUGUGGCAGCGGUCGAAGAGGGAUCCAAUUAAAGGACAAAAACCGUUUCAUUGUCAAAUAAGAUGUGCGCGUGCACGUGUGUGUGUGUGUGUGCGCGCGCGCAUCUAGCGGGGGGGGGGGGUUCUAACUAACAGUCUAAAAGGUUAAAUGUGUCUCCCAAGGGUAGAGCCAUUAAAUUAUCAACGACUGUAACUUUGCAAUGUUGUCCUUAUUUGAUGUGGAGCUCAGUCAGUCUUUUGAAGUCCGAAUGUCAGGACUGAAAGUGUCAUUGGCCCUGUGCACAUUGGUUAUGGCACCUGUGUAAGACAAGUUACUUCAAAGACUUAUUUCUGAAGAGUGCCUGCUGUGUGAAACGGGCACAUCAUGUACUGGGGUAAGAGUGCAGGCGUUAAAGUAACUUCUCAGUUAAAAUCUCACUUUAAAAACAAUAUUUUGUUUACUCAUACCUGUGUUGUUGACUUGUCCUAUACUCAUAUUUGUGGCCAAAGGCUAAAUUGGAAGGAAAACACUUCCAAAACGCCACCUCGAACUUCUGUCUUAGAACAUUUAAAAAAAAUGCUCAGCUAGACAUCAUACUCUUGAGCAGUUUUAACUGGCUAAUCUGCAGUCUACAAGGAGUGUAUUUAGGAGCUUUUGGCCUACGCCCGCAACCUUCCAAACACCGUACUUGAUAAAAAUAAAUAAAAAAUGCACUCAUACUGUAAGUAAUUAUUUCAUAGAAAUCUGGGAUCAGUGGGCAGUUAACUUUAAUUAUGUUAAAAAGAUGAUAUACUUUGCGUAGGUAUUCAGUUUGUUUAAAUACUCAAGAGGAUAUGCAGGUGGCAAGGUACAGUACAACAACAAUAAAAUACAAACCAAGUACAAAGGCAAAAAGCAGAUUUACUGAUUUUCAGAGAUACAGUCAUAACAAAACAGGAUUUCCCACAACCCCGAGUCUCGUAUGUGUAGUCAAGAAAGUAUUUGAUUGUUCUGAAACGCAUAUGUACACAAGACGGCAAAAUGAGCUACAGCUGAUUCAGUCCCUGUGGCUCACUUCAGCCGAUUCUGCCCGGCUGCCUGUUAUUUCCCUUUUGGACCUCUCGGCCCAGCCCCUGACGACACAGGGGGGCUGUCAGAGGAAGAGUGUACUGUUAUGCAUGUGGGUUUAUUUGCCCCCUCAGAGAGCAGCUGAGGAGAGACAGCUGGCAAAUAAUGACAUGUAUUCAGUUUUUUUUUCUCCCAUUUAAUUUCAUAUGUCAUCAAAAAGAGAUGUGUGACGGACAAGAGAGCACGGGGGAAAUCAGUCGAGGGUGCGUGACUCAGCGGGGAGCGUGAUUUUUUUUUU